GUUAGAUGUAAGAUGCUCUAAAAGCAAGAUGACACAGAACUUAGGAGAGUUUCUGUGUGUCGGUGACUCAGUUUGUUUGUUUUCCGUGGAGACAGAAGGAUUUGCUUACAGUCUCCAGUCAAGUUCUGUACAUAGCCAUGUAUUCAUAUAUCAAAACCAGGACCGAGAUAAACCAACGAAAAUACCAAGUGCACAAGCAUGUGAGUUUAUUGUUGGCCUGCAGAACAGAUAUAAACUGAACAAGAAGUUUAGAAAGUACAAGUCGAUGGUAGCAAAUUCCGAGGGGACCAUCCAUGAAGAUGAAACACUUCUCAGACAACACAAGAUGGCGGCGGAGGCCGAGAAUAUGGACAAUGCGCAGGAACAGAAACGGCAACUUGGUAAACGGGUUAGAUACGGUGAAAUUGUACAGUUGAAACAUGUGUUUACAAAUAAAUACAUACACACAUGUACAUCUCAAACGUCACAAGUCGAUAAAAACAACAUGGUGAUUAUGCUCCAAGAAUACAAUGCGAAAAAUGCUCAGUUUAGGAUUUUGCCCCAAUAUAAGGUCAAAUCUGAAGGUGAAGUGGUACAAAUAUACGAUCAAAUUGUGUUUGAAAGUGUGAAGUCUCCAGGUCACUUUAUACAUGCCAGUUCACCAUUCCAGAUUGACCACUUUACAUUCGGGUCGGAAUUUAACCUUGGUGUGGAAAGAUCAGGUUUUACAUUGAUACGAUUCAGAAAACGACCACCGACAGAAUCACUUAUAUAUAUCCGGGGAGGAAACAUUAUUCGGCUGUUUCACAAAGAACUGGAAGCAUACGUUGUUGCCGAAGGUCUUUUUGAGGAUGAAAUCACAGAAGAUGUUCAUUUCCGUGUCCGAGUAAUGGACCAGCAUAAGCCGCGAACGCUGUCCCCGCCAACUUCCGGUAACACAUUCUGGGUGAUAGAAGCGGAAAAAGCAAUCUUUCAUGGUGAGAUUAUCCAAUGGGAGCAGCAGAUACGGUUACGUCACAUGACAACAAGAAAAUACAUAUGUAUCACAGCAGAGCACGAGGUUAUACUGAUAGACAGUAACGAGGACCCGCGAACAGUGUUCCGACUUCACAGCGUUAUUAACGAAAGAGACGAGAUCAGAUUCGAGAGUUACUGCAGGAUCGAACAUGUUCUAACAGGAUCGUGGCUGCAUGCACUGAAAGACGAAGAAUACAUUCGUAAACAAUUUCGUAACGAGGAAAGUUGCAAUGACCAAUCAUUAAAAGGAUUAAGAGUUUCCAGCGCCCCAGUUAAACGGGUGACCGGAAGUAGUGAGAGCCAGUACGAUGACGCGUUCACAAUACAGAGAGUUGAAGAUGAGAAUAUUCGAGAAUUUAAUUACGUGGCUGGUAUGGUACCGUUCCUACAGAAUCUGAUCAAAGAUGCAAUGGACGAACUUCAACAUUUCAUGAUUGUGGAAAAUCUACCAAGCAAAGAAAGACAGAAACUGAUGAGGAACCUAAGGGUGAUAGAUUUGCUGGUGAAGAUCUUACAAUUUCCGCUAGAUGGCGUUGCGGAUGAACAUGCAAUCAUUCUAGUAUUCAAGGAGGCAUACGAGAUAUUGUACACGUACAUGAUCGGCAAAAGUAGGAAAAAUGCCCUUUACUUUGCAAAAUAUAUCGAGUUCUUCCAGACCCAGUUUACACAGAAGGGAGGUAUAGGUCUGAACGUUGCUCAGAUGAUUGUAGAAUUGAUAAGAGACAAGAGAAAGAUCGUUGACAGAAUAUCGCAUCAUCAGAUUGACGAAUUUGUCGGUCUUCUACAGUCAACUCAGAAUUACAGAUUUCUAGAUUUACUGCACGUGCUUUGCGUGUGUGAUGACAUUGCUAUUCCAAACAAUCAAGUGUACAUCGUGCAAAAAUGGAUGCUUGACAAACCGAGAGGAAUAUUUUUGACAGCUAGAGGUCAGGAUAUCAACAAGCAGCCUAAUAUACUCUACAUUACAACGGACGAUGCCAAAACAUGGUCUGCUUUGCACGACUUUGUCAAUCCAGAACACGAGGAGUAUGAGAAAGACAAACACGAUUUUCUGCUACAUCAGCUUGACCUUUUCAUUGCUCUUUGUAAGGGUCGUAAUGAUUUUGCUAUCAACAUCAUAACAAAAGAGUCGAGGUUUCUAACUUGGGAGGAAACGUUCCUAGCUUUGAGGUCGUCAAUUUUACCAGAUGCUAUCCGAGCAAAGUACUGUGAUAUCACAACAAAUCUGUUUGUUGACAUUGGAAACAACUAUUCUGUCUUGGCAUACCCGAAUAUUUGCUUCGUAUAUGACUAUGUUGGUUCAAAGGAUGAAGAAAAAAGUGCAGGAGAUUUUAUAAUGAAAGAGCUUGUUGCCAUCUUCCCUGUACUUCGAGACUGGAUUGCAGAGUUUUUAUCGGAAAAUUUGUGCAUGUAUGCAUCAGAGAUUGGUCACAACAUGCUGAUUGAACAGGUUUUGCGACUUCUGUAUUUUCUAGUAAAGUUUGGUUACUACAUGGACUCCGAAGAUGUUGACAAUCUACUUCCGCCUUUACUGAACCUUCUUGAUGGUAGACAUGACUAUCCAUUCCCUGCUAAAGACAAAGGUUACAACAAAGAAGAAAAGAAAAAGGUACAUGCCUAUCAGAUGACAGCAAGGUUUGAGAAGACAAAAGAAACUGAGGCGAUUAGUCGUGCAAAGUUCCAGGUGCUAGAAGUGUUGGAUUUGCUGUUAACAUAUCAGAGGAACUUGAGACUUCAGAGUUUUGUGGGAAAAUUUAAAAUAGCAGAACAACUUGAAGGCGAGGGGAAAACCUCGAUCAUGACACCGUUACUGUAUGACACAUUUAACCCCCACGACCAGAGCAAGAAAGCAAUCGGUGUGCAGAAGAAAGUCAACAAGGAGUUGAACGACAUGUUCAAGCUGUCUGCCCUAUUUGACCUUGAAUUUCUUACUAAAGUUCUCAUGGACUUGUCGAUGUACAAAGACAACAAGAUGGUGCUAAAAUCCAUGACUAUCAUGAACAAACUAUACUCGACAAAGAGUUGCAUGUUUAACAUCGGCAGUCAAGCCCAGAUCUUGCUGACACAGGAUUCUGCACGUGUGCACAGAGAGGUGCUGAAGAACAUGCCAGUCUUGAGGAGACUUUCAAAUGCCAAAUUAGAUGACCUCCAAAUAAAAAUGAUGGGCAGCAUACUCGAUGAUCUCGCAGAGUUUUGUCAUCUACCAAUGACACCUGAUGAGCCACAUCCGAUGAAUCAGAAUAUUCUCAUAAGCAACGGUGUCCUCGACGUGCUGUUUACAAUACUUGAGCAAGAUAUUGAUCCGAAACUGAUGAGUGUAUAUGGAGGAAUGGCGGAUAUAUUUAAGAAAUCUUUCUACUUGCUGAAGCUGUUAGCGAGGGAGAACUUCAGUGUCCAGUACAAGAUAAUGGAACGACUGGACAUCAUGCUGAACGUCAAAGUUGUGGAAUCAGACCUGGCCAUCGCACUGAAAGAGGUAUUCAAUGGAAACCAGUUUACCUGCCUAAAGAUUACACAGAAACAAAUACAAAAAAUUGUCACUCGAAUCGCAGAACUUCAAGAGAAAGCUCCAGAAUUUCUUGAUCUACUUGGUAUGGUCGUCAAAGUGUCUGGUCUCAAUCUUACCCUGAAAAGGAACCAGGCUUACGUCAUGAAAUACAUUAUGCAGAGCUAUCGAAGGGUGGCUUUUGUUCUUGAUAUGUCUAGAGAAGAAAGGGUAACUAUACUGACAGACCCAGGAGAGAUCGCUAGGUUACGGUACUACAUUAGUUUACUGGACUUGUUGGCCGCAUGUGCUGAGGGAGAAAACAUGUUCAUAGAAUCCCUAUGUCAGACUAUUCUACCUAUUGAUGACCUACUUAUGGUCUUGAAUAGUGACAAGGUGGAUAAUGUCUUCAAGAAGCCAUUCUUAAAAUGUUUGCACCAUGUAUACAUGAAGACUGGAGACACAAAAAUGGACACUGGAGCGAGUGAGCUGUCACAUUUUGAGUAA